CCGCCACUCUUCGCCAUAGCAACAAGUGUUUAUUCUUGUUUGGUUUUGUUUGGCAUUUGGAAAUUAUUCUCAAACUGAUGUUUGGUCUGAGAACCUGCUUAGCCUCGCCCGAAUCUAGUUUGGAUCCUUAUACUUACCACAACAAAAGUAGGGGAGAAAAAGAGAAGAGGAGGUUCUGAUUUUCGGCAGGAGAGAAAGGAGAGCAUUUCCAGCACUCACACAGCAGACAUGGGGGGCCUCUCUUCUUGUUUCCGGAGCGCUCCUCCACGUCCCGAGCAGAGUGGUGGGGAGCAUAUUGCUCAACCUCCGUCUUUACAACAGACCCAGGAUCUUAGCUUCCUUCCGGAGAGACGCUCGAGAGUCAAGCUCUACUGUCAGACUGGAGGAUAUCACCUGAAGAUUGCUGAAGAUGGAACAGUGUCUGGUGUGAGGGAAGAAGAUGAUCCCUAUGUAAUCAUGAAGCUGAAGUCGGUGGGUGUAGGACUUAUUGUCAUCCAGGGGGUGCAGUCAUUAAAGUACCUGGCUAUGAACCAGAAAGGAGACCUCUUCGGAAAAGAUAGCCCGACUGAUGACUGUAACUUCUUGGAACAUAUUGAACCAAACGGCUACACCACACUUCGCCACGAGGAAUACUCCUGGUAUGUUGGUAUGAAGGCGAAUGGCACACCUAUGAAGGGAACAGAAACCCACCAGGGCAUGAAGAACAUUUUAUUCCUGCCGAGACCAGCCUAAGCUUAAAUGAAUAAAAACCCUGGAAAACCGCA